AUGGAUUUUCUUCACAGACUCCUCAAUUUGAUUGCUCCUAUAGUAACCCUCCAUGCAAUCUUCUUCCUCACUCCGCUUUAUUGCGUUUUCAAAGUUUUAUGCUAUAUCAAUCGUUUCAUUUUUAAGGAAGAUGUCACCGGAAAAGUUGUAUUGAUCGUCGGAGCAUCUUCAGGAAUCGGUGAGCAUAUCGCGUAUGAGUACGCCAGAAGAGGAUCAUAUCUGGUCCUGGCUGCUAGAAGAGAGCAGAGCCUCCGUGAUGUUGCGGAAACCGCCAAGUUACUCGGUGCACCGGAAGCCAUCGCGAUUCCGACUGAUGUUUCCCAGAUUGAUGAUUGCAAGCGACUAAUCGACGAAACUAUCAAGCGUUUUGGACGAUGA